UGCCACAACUCCACCGCACCCGCUACUUUGGGGUCGCCCGUCCGGGGGGGGGCGAUGGGCUGGGCGGGCUGCCCCGGGUGCGCCACGUGGGUGCUGGCCGGGGGCUUCUUGGCCGCCGCCCUGGCGUUGCCCGAUGGGCCCCGGGGCCGAGGCUGGCUCCACGCGGGCCCGGGUCCCCUGCAGCGUCCCCUCGGCGUGCAGGCUCCUCCGGAUUCCCCCGCGGCCCCCGGGGCGGGACCCGAGCGGACCGCACAGUAUGGAGACAUUUCAAGAGAUGGUCAAGGAACUUCUGGGAAUGGAGUAAUUUUUCAGAAAUGUGCAGUGGUGUCCGGGCACAGCGAGUCACAGACGGCUCAGGUGCAUCUGCUGGUGAACAACACCCAGACGCCCGUGGCGGCCAACCUCUCUUAUCUGCUCUUGUUGGACAACAUCACCGGCCUCACCGUCAGGGACUCGACGGGAAACAAGACGUCGGCAGGAUUCCAGGCUUUCAGGAAGAAGUUUCUGCAAGUGGGAGACUUCUUCUUGGUCAGCUACACAGCCUCCCUCGAAGCCGGAUAUAUUGGGAGUGGAGAGGUCCUGAGGCUUCCUGCCCAGCUCACCUUUCAGACGUCAUCACAGAACCGAACACAGCUAAAAGCCCUUUUCACCAUAACAGCCGAAGAAAAGAUAAAGGUCCUACCCGACCACGGCCUUCAUGCAGCGGGGUUCUUUGUGGCCUUCAUCGUCUCCCUUGUGCUGACCUGGCUUACACUGUUCUUCAUGGUUCGAUAUCAGUGUUUGAAGGGAGGCCUGCUCAGCAGACAUCAGGUUCAGCAUCAUGAGAGCAAGCUGGAACACUCCCACUUUACCUCAGCUGAUGGUGUGAAUGAGGAUCUUGCUCAUGACCAAAUGAUAGACAUUCUGUCUUCAGAGGAUCCCGGCAUGCUGCAAGCCUUAGAAGAGUUGGAGAUUGCAACCCUGAAUCGGGCAGACUCAGACCUGGAGGCUUGUCGAACCCAAAUCAGCAAAGAUGUCAUUGCCCUCCUGCUGAGAAAUCUGGCCAGCAGUGGUCACCUCUCCCCUCAAGUAGAGAGGAAGAUGGGUGCUGUUUUCAAAAAGCAGUUUCUAUUGCUAGAGAAAGAAAUACAAGAGGAGUAUGAUCGGAAGAUGGUGGCAUUGACGGCAGAAUGCGACCUGGAAACAAGAAAGAAGACAGAAAACCAGUACCAGAGGGAGAUGGCGGCGAUGGAGGAAGCGGAAGAGCUGCUGAAACGUGUUAGUGAGAGGUCCGCGGUCGAGUGCAGCAGCCUCCUGCGGACCCUGCAUGGGCUGGAGCAGGAGCACUUGAGAAGGUCCCUCGCUCUGCAGCAGGAGGAAGACUUUGCCCGGGCGCACAGGCAGCUGGCCAUUUUCCAGAGGAACGAAGUGCACCGUAUCUUUUUUGCCCAGAUAAAAAGUGCUAUUUUCAAAGGGGACCUGAAACCAGAGGCAGCUAAAAUGCUACUGCAGGAUUACGCUAAAAUACAGGAAGAUGUAGAAGAGUUAAUGGACUUUUUCCAGGCUAGUAAGAGGUAUCAUCUAAGUAAGAGAUUUGGCCACAGGGAAUACCUGGUCCAGAACAUAGUGUCGUCAGAGACCCGUGUGCAAGGCCUUCUGAGCGCCGCGGCUGCCCAGCUGACCCUCCUUAUCCAGAAACACGAGAGAGCAGGGUACUUGGACGAAGACCAGAUGGAAGUGCUGUUGGCACGGGCUCAGACCGAAGUCUUUUCUAUCAAACAGAAGCUGGACAAUGACUUAAAGCAGGAAAAGAAAAAGCUCCACCAAAAACUAAUCGUUAAGAGAAGGCGAGAGAUACUGCAAAAGCAUAAGGAGCAGCGGAAGGAGCAGCUGUCCGUCGGGGAAGCCUUCCGAGCGGCCGAGGACGUGGGCCAGUACCUGGGCCAGUGGAGGGGCCUGGUGGCGGGCCACAGCGCUGCCCUGGAGGAGCUGCAGGAGCGUCUGGACCAGGCUGCCCUGGACGACCUCAGGGCCCUGAGCCUGUCACUGUCCGAGAGAGCCACCGAGGAGCUGCGGCGUCUCCAGAGCUCUCUGAUGACUCAGGAGCUGCUCAAGCGCGGUGUGCCCUGGCUCUUCCUGCAGCAGAUCCUGGAGGAGCACGGCAGGGAGAUGGCCGCCCGGGCCGCGCAGCUCGAGGGCGAGGAGAGGGACAGGGACCAGGAGGGCGUCCAGAACGUGAGGCAGAGACUGAAGGACGACGCGCCAGAGGCCUCGAUGGAGGAGCAGGCGGAGCUGAGGCGCUGGGGGCACCAGAUCUUUAUGAGGCUCCGCUCCUCGGCCUUCUCCCUGUCUGAAGAGGAGCUGCUCAGGGUGAGGCAGGAAGUUCACGGCUGCUUUGCCCAGAUGGACAGGAGCUUGGCCCUCCCCAGAAUCCGGGCCCGUGUCCUGCUGCAGCGGCUUCAGACUGCUUGGCGAGAAGCAGAGUUCCUGAAAUUGGACCAGGCCCUGGCUGCCCCUGAGCUGCAGCAACAGUCCAGGGCGAGAAAGCCACGCUCCAAGAGUAAAAGCAAGAUAGACCUUUUGAAGAAGUGCAUUGAAGACAAAAUUCAGCUCUUUGACGCACCGACCCCUGAAGACCUGGUUGAAAAGGUCCGAGGAGAAUUGCUGCGGGAGAGGGUGCAGCAGCUGGAGGCCCAGGAGGGUUGCUUUGCGGAGUCCCUGGUCUCCCUGCAGUUCCAGAAGGCAGCCAGCAUGGCCAAGACGCUGUGGGCGUACACGGCGCUCCUGAGCAUCCAGGACCUGCUCCUGGAGGAGCUGAGCGUGUCGGAGACCUUGACAAAGUCGGCCUGCACACAGAUCCUGGAGUCACACAGCCCAGAGCUCCAGGAGCUGGAGAGGAAGCUGGAGGACGCGCUGGCCCGCCAGGAGACGGCCCAGCUGGAGCGGGCGCUGGCCAGGCGGCAGCAGUGGGCAGGCGACGGGCCUGGGCUUCUGAACGAGGCUGAAGACACCGAUUCCGAAAGGCAGGUCUCUGCUGUCCUGUGGCGAGCCCUGAGCAAGAGCCAGAAGUUACUGGAGCACCAGCAGCAGAGUUUGAGAGAGGAGCAAGAGAGUGGUGUCCUGCUUGAAGACUUGCUGGAGAAUAUGGAGAUGGACACAUUUGUGACCCUGUAUAGCCAGGAGCUGAGACUGGCCUCCUACCUGUCCAAGCUGACGAUGGUGCCCGUGGGCACACUGCGCCGGCUCCUGAGCCUGGCUCUGCCCACAGCCUCGCAGCCCGAGCUGCUGGCCGUGCUGGAUUCGGUCAGCCAGAAGCUUCCAGAGCACACGGUGGAGAACGACGGCGGCGGGGAGCCAGCAGACCUGAGCAGGAGGGGGAAGCACCAGGGCUGGUGGCAAGCCUUGGAGAGCAAACUGCGUGGAGAACUGGUGAGCAGAGGAUUGGCAAAGAUGCUGUGGGCUCGCCAGCAGAAGGAGAGCAUAUUAAAGAAGACCUGUCCCCCUCUCAGAGAGAGGACGAUGUUCUCUGGGCAAGGAAGCUGGCCACGCCUGUCCCUGGUGUCUGUUGGAGAACUGGCACCCAUGCCCAUUGUCGGGGCAGAAGCCAUUGAUUUAUUAAACACGGGCGAAAAGCUCUUUAUAUUCAGGAAUCCAAAGGAGCCGGAGAUCUCACUGCAUGUUCCUCCCAGGAAAAAGAAGAACUUUCUGAAUGCCAAGAAGGCCACUUGGGCCUCAGGCACGGACUAGCCCAAAGGAAAGCACCAAGGAGUCUGAAGACAGAAAGAUGUAUUUUCUCCUGCCCACCCGUGUUUGUGUUUAUAAUGUACAAUCUACAACAUACAUUUCACACGCAGAAGACACAGACACCCUCAGUAAGUCCCCAACUUCCAAGGACCCAGUUUAAUCUGGCCUCACGAAUUUCCAGAUGACCAAGUCUCCCAGCAUCCUCAGGGACGUGAUGAGACUCGGGACUAGCCAUGAAUACGCGUCCCUUUCAGUACCCCCUCUCCGAGGGCCUGCGGGAGACCCAGCCCCCAAUGCCCAGCCCCGAAAUCUCAGGCUGCGUUAUGGGCUGUGUGUCCACGGCAAGGCUCUCUGUUCUUACAUAUUGUGUUUGUUACAAAUCCUGUUUUUAUCCAGGGAACUUUCAAAAAUAAACAUAGUU